UAUCGACGAGGUGGUACAUCAUUGUGUUGUAGGAGGCUGGGAAGAGGGUUGUUGCGACGAUAUAGGAACUCAGAAUGCGCACAGGUGCUUGAGGUUUUGAAUGCCAGCCCAAUGCCCUUGCCUAGUAUCUCCGCAAAGUGUCAAGGGCUACGUCCACCAUUCAGCGGAACUCCGCUGGUCUAGCAAGCAUUACCACGGACGACUCAAGACAGUAGCCCACACUCAAUAGCAUCGAUGCGCCGUGAGGAUAUCUAUACCGCCUCACCAGCUCCCAUAUGCGACUCAAACAACAAGGAUACACGAAGCUUGCAACUGAAAGCGAACACGACGAGGUCGGCAGAACAUAUUCGAAGCUAUGCUCACACAACAUCUUACAGCUGUACUGCUGUUAGUGCCAGCUCUCGUCUCCUCCGCCGCACCAAUCAACGGUACUUCCGGCGAGGCUCAGUGGCUUCCACUAGCAAACAUUCCGGGCGGAGGUCGACAGGAACAUGCCGCAGUCGCUCUCAAUUCGAACACAAUUGGCAUUGUUGAAGGCAUCACACCCAAUGCAAGCGCAGCACUUUCACCCUACUCUUCAACAGACCUGGUGCAGCUGUAUUCUACCUUGGAGAAUACUUGGAAAACUGCGACUCGUCUACCACAACCCCUCAAUCAUCCCAAUGCCAUCGGCUUCGACAACAGGAUCUACGUCUUUGGAGGCUUCGAUGACGGCGGUGAUACUCGCAAAAUCUUCCAUUCCGUUAAUGCUUCUUGGGUCUACGACUCUAUUGCCGACACCUGGAACUCACUCCCUCCACUCUCGCCACCACGCGCGCAGGCAGCGCUUGCGACACACGAAGACAGAAUCUAUGUGGUCGGAGGCUUCACUGAUCUUGUCGUAUCAGAUCAGCUCCCUCUCCCAGCGACUCUCGCUCAUGUCUCCGUUUUCGAUACUACAACAUCGUCCUGGAUUACCGAAGAAGUCCUGCCUGAACCAGCUCGUCACAUCCCAUCAGGCGUCGACCAUGCACGUGCUGAAGUCGUCAACGACAAACUCUACGUCAUCGGAGGUUUCAACCAUGAAGGGUUCAACUCAACAAACCACGUUUUUAUCCUCGAUCUCAUGGAUCUCGCAGCAGGUUGGAAAGACGGUGCAUCGAUGCCUACUCCACGAGCGACAUUCGCAGCCGGGGUCGUUGGAAGUAAGAUUGUGACGAUUGGAGGUGAAGGCAAUGCAACGAGCGCAACUGAGAUUCCAUUGAGGGUCUUCAAUGAAAUUGAAGUUUAUGAUUCUGUGACAGAUUCUUGGGAAAGUUGGGGUACUUUGCCUGCGAACGAGAAGGGAAGACAGGGACCGGGUGUGAGCGUUGAUGGGAAGAUUUAUAUUGCUGGUGGAUAUGAUACGGCGCCAGUGGGACCGCUGGAUAAGUUGGAUGUCUAUGUGCCUGGGAAUGUUUAGGGUUGGCGCAUGAUGAGAGCGGACUUCGAUAUUUGCAUGUCCCAAUGGAGUCGAGCAUGUCUAGCCUGGAGUAGUGUCUUCGCGGUUGGAAAACACACGAUGCCUGGUACCCGCC